CAUUCAUUCCUCAGGAAAAAUAUCCUUCUAUAUAUAUUCCAUAACGAUGAUUCAGUUUCACCAAAAUGGCAGAACCACAGAGAAUUCCUACUGUCAACCUUGGUUCCCAAGGCCUUGUGGUUUCAAAGUUGGGACUGGGGUGUAUGGGCCUUACUGGAACUUACAAUGAUCCUCUUCCUGAAGACCAAGGCAUCUCCAUCAUUAAGCAUGCAUUCAAUAAAGGCAUCACUUUUUUCGACACUGCUGAUGUCUAUGGUGCUAAUGCUAACGAACUCUUGCUCGCCAAGGCUUUGAAGCAGUUGCCUAGGGAGAAGAUUCAGAUAGCAACAAAGUUCGGCGUUUUAAAGUUAGACUUUGGUAAUUUGCAUGUGAAGGGUACACCAGACUAUGUGCGGUCAUGUUGUGAAGCCAGCUUGAAACGCCUUGACGUUGAUUACAUUGAUCUCUAUUAUCAGCAUAGAGUCGACACAUCCCUGCCUAUAGAACAAACAAUGGGCGAACUUAAGAAACUGGUUGAGGAGAAAAAAGUGAAAUAUAUAGGGCUAUCUGAAGCCAGUAGCGAUACAAUAAGGAGAGCGCAUGGUGUUCAUCCUAUUACCGCAGUUCAAAUAGAGUGGUCUCUUUGGACUCGAGACAUCGAGGACGAAAUAGUUCCUCUUUGCAGGAAUCUUGGUAUUGGAAUUGUGUCUUAUAGCCCUCUUGGUCGUGGCUUUUUUGGUGGAAAAGGAGUUGUCGAAACUUUACCUUCUGUUAGCUCCUUGAGUGCUCAUCCUCGGUACCAAGCAGAGAACAUAGAGAAGAACAAGUGGAUAUAUAAGAGAAUAGAAAGCCUUGCAAAGAAGUAUGAGUGCACCACUCCUCAGUUGGCAUUAGCAUGGGUACUCCAACAAGGCAAUGAUGUUGUGCCUAUUCCUGGAACUACUAAAAUCAAGAACUUGGAUGAAAACAUAGGUGCUUUGUGGGUGAAAUUUACUGAGAAGGAGCUAAGGGAAAUUUCGGAAGCAAUUCCAGUUGAUGAUAUAGCAGGAAUUCAGCACUACAAUGAAGGGCAUGGCAAGUUAUCUUGGAAGUUUGCUAACACACCUCCAAAAGAUUCAAGCGUUUAUGAACUUUGAAACACACAAUCAUAAUUGAAGGGAUGAUUUGUUGGAGAUUCAGAAGGGAUCCACACGAGAUACGCGCAUGAUCCUCUGUGGAUUGGCAUGCCCCCGAUAAGGGCUGAUGAUGGGGAUGAAUUUAGUUAUUAGCAUACUUAGAACCUAUGCUUAAGUUUUCUAUUUAAAGUGUUUGGGGAUGAAUUUAGUUAAUAUCUGCGAGAUAAGCACAGAAUCCUCCAUGAAUAUGGUUCGAAUCAGGGUGCUAUUGGGAUGAUAUCAGUUUUCUUAUAAUGAUACUUGCUUUGAGUUCA